AUGUCUGGUAACAAGGCCGCGCUGAAGGCCGCAAAAGUCGCCUUGGAUGCUGAGAACUACGAUGAUGCUGUCACUCAAUGUCAAAUCGUGCUUGCAUCAGAUUCUCAAAAUUACUUUGCCAAGCUUUUCUUGGGUCGCGCAUUUCAAAAACAGAACAAGUUAGACGAUGCGGCGAAAACAUACAAUUCAGCCGCGGAGAUCAAACCGGACGAUGCACAAGCAUGGCUAGGUCUUUGCAAUUUGUAUGAAAGUCAAGGCGGUCUCAAGCUCGAUCAAUACCGUGAGGCUGCUCUCAAGGUUGCCGAAAUCCAAGCUGCGGCGGAGGAUGCUCACAAAUGUCAAACCACCAUCAACAAGCUUGUCGACUUCACCAGGGAACACGGAACAAACGCUCAGUACAAACGCGCUCUGGAAGCUCAAUUACCAGGAAGUCCCAUCUACGAUUUUCUGGAGGGACGUCUGCCGAGUCCUUCGCAUACAUAUACUCGUCUCAUCGAAAUCACAGAGGAAGAGGAGAAACAGCGUAUUAACAAGGAAAUCGGCGAGCGGAGAACUAGAUUGGGAGCUCGCAUCAACCAGGUGACUACUGAUGUUCGCCGGGAAGUCUUUACAAAGAGCAACCUCGAGGAGCUGUACCAAAAGCUGAUUGACUGGACCAACGAUGACGAGGUUCGCCGCGAGUAUGAACAGAAGCUUCUGCAGAGAGCUUAUGACACAUUGAUUGUCCUGACUGGUGAUGCCAAGGCUGCAAAGCGCGAGCAGGUCAUGGGCAUUGUGCAUGGCAUGGUCAUCAUCAAACACCCUUUCCUUCUGGCCUGGAGUGUCGAACUGGACUGGAAAGAUGUUGCAAAUGUCUCCGAUUUGGAUGUCGGUGUUCUGCGAGAGUACCUCGAAUUCUUCCCUGAAACCAGUUUGGGCAAAGUGCUCAAGGCUUACCUCGAUUGUGAAAUAUCACCAUUCCCCGCGCCACCAAAGGACCCGGAACAGAAGGAUGAGGACGUAGAGGCACCACUCAACCAGGAGGAUAGAAUCCUCUUGAUGAGCGAAGGUCUUGAAGAUGGCAGCAAAUCUGUUCUGGCACAUCGUCUGGUUGCAGAGUACUACCUUCACCUAGAGGAGUACGAGAGCGCGGUGGAAGUCGCCAGGAAUGGUCUCAAAAUGCUCGAGUCAGAGGUUAGGAAGUCUGGUCUCGUUUUGCAGGACAACAAGGAUGCCUUCAACAGCACGCUCGCCACCGCAUUAGUAUACCACCAAUCGCCCAAAAACCACCCUGAGGCCAGAGAAUUGUUCAAUGACAUUCUCGCAAGAAAGCCUAAGCAUACUGCAACGCUCAUUGGCUUAGGUCUAAUCCUCGAGGAGCAAGAAGAGUUCGAUGAGGCAGUCAAGUUUUUGUCACAAGCACUGGAACAAGAUCCCAGCAACAUUCGCAUCGAAAUCGAGUCAGCAUGGUGCGAUGCCCUGCGCGGAAACUACGGCCCUGCUUUGGAGACUAUGGAGAAGUGUUUGCCCAAUUUGAAGCUGGAUGACCCCAAAGCACGAGAGCUCAGAGCACAGACUUUGUACAGAACUGGUAUCUGUAUAUGGAACCUUGACACAUCUAAGGCUGCCAGGAAAGACCGCAAUGGGGCUUACGCCAGAUUCCUGUCUGCGAUCAAGACCAACGUCAAUCUUGCACCCGCAUACACUUCUCUUGGUUACUACUACGCCGACUAUGCCAAAGACAAGAAGAGAGCACGCCAAUGUUUUCAGAAAGCCUUUGAAUUAUCAGGUUCGGAAGUUGAGGCUGCUGAGAGACUGGCAAGAUCAUUCGCUGACCAAGGCGAGUGGGACAUCGUUGAGAUUGUCGCACAAAGAGUCGUUGACUCAGGCAAGGUCAGACCUCCACCUGGCUCGAAGAAGAAGGGUAUCAGUUGGCCCUUCUCAGCACUGGGUGUCGUGCAGAUGACAAAGCAAGAGUACUCCAAGGCGAUAGUCUCGUUCUUGUCAGCACUCAGAAUCAGUCCCAAUGACUACCAUUCUUACGUCGGCCUGGGAGAAAGUUACCACAACUCUGGCCGUUACAACUCGGCAAGCCGGACAUUCAUCUAUGCUGAAGAGCCGCAUGAUGGCAUUUCUAUGAAUGUCACUGGUCAAAGCUGGUUCACGCGAUACAUGCUUGCCAAUGUCAACAGAGAGCUCGGCGAACAUGAUGAGGCUAUCGCUGGCCUUCAAGAAGUUCUCACUGGUAGAGCUGAAGAGUUUGGUGUCCUGAUUGCACUCUUGCAGACAUACAACGAGAAAGCAUGGAGGUGUGUAGAGACUGGCUUCUAUGGUCAAGCUGCUCACAGUGCAGUUCAAGCAAUUGAGCUUGCUCAAAAAAUUGCUGAGCUAAGACCUCAGGCUUUCAACCUGUGGAAGGCAGUUGGUGAUGCUUGCUCAACCUUCUACUGGGUCCAGGAUAGACUCGACAUGUUCCCUAGCGAUUUGACCAAGCAAAUGCUACAGAAGGACUUCGAAGUCAAGGAAUUUGGUAUCUUGUCAGAAAUUGACGGAGUCGAUUCAAAGGUCCUCGAGGGCUCCACAGAAGGCGACAAAGCUGUUGUCUGUCCAGAGUACCUUGCCCUGUCUCUACUUGCGUACAAGCGCGCCAUCUUCAGCUGUGCAAACGAUGUACACGCUCAAGCUGUAGCUUGGUACAAUCUUGGUUGGGCCGAGCACAAGGCAUUCAGCUGCAGCGAUGCCAAGGCUGGCAAGAAGUUCCUUCGUGCAGCUGUCAGAUGCUUCAAGCGUGCCAUUGAGCUCGAAGCAGGAAACUCAGAAUUCUGGAACUCGCUUGGUGUCAUUACAACCAGACUGAACCCUAAGGUAUCGCAGCACUCGUUUGUUAGAUCAUUGCACUUGAACGAGCGUAGUGCGAAGACGUGGUGCAACCUCGGAGUCCUCUAUCUCAUCAACAACGAUUAUGAGCUCGCUCACCAAGCCUUUGGCCGUGCUCAGUCAACAGAUCCUGACUAUGCACAUGCAUGGCUUGGCGAAGGCUUGAUUGCGCUUAUGAUGGGCGACAAGAAGGAAGCGCUGUCACACUUCACUCACGCAUUUGAGAUUUCAGAUUCUGCUUCACUGAUCUCAAAGCGUCAAUAUGCUGUGUCGGUCUUCGACAACCUACUCACAACUCCAUCAGCUUCGAACGAGAUCACUGCGUUGAUCCAGCCGUUGUUUGCUCUGGAGCAACUGCACCGACAGGUACCGUCAGACCAGGCAUUCAAUCACCUUGCCUCCUUGUUCUCUGAACGCGUGGGUGAUCAUACAUCUGCUAUCGAGAUGCUCACAAAUCUUUGUACAUCGGCCGAAUCCGAUUAUGAAGCCACGGUGUCGCUUACCUCUCUCGGACGGUUUGCUCUGGCAAAGGCAGAUCUCGCCAGAAACCAACUUGCUUCCAAAGACUUUGAGUCCGCGGCAGAAAAUGCAGGUACUGCUCUGGAUCUCUCGACUGAAGCUGAUGCAAGUGGCUUGGAGCCAGACAGUAGACGCAAGGUCCGCUUAUCUGCUCAUUUGACUGCAGGUCUUGCCGCCUUCUAUCUGCAGAACAUGGAUGACGCCAUUGCCGCGUUCCGAUCAGCACUUGAAGAGAGCAAUACUGAUCCCGAUGUUGUAUGCUUGCUCGUUCAAGUCCUAUGGGCCAAGGGUGGCGAGGAAGAAAAGUCGGUCGCUCGCGAUCAAUUGUUUGACUGUAUUGAGAAGCACGAGUCGCAUGUUCCAUCGAUCGUACUUCUCGGUGCCAUCGCAGCAUUGGACAACGACACAGAUGCCCUUGAUGCUGUGCGCGAUGACCUUGCAUCGUUACGCACAAACGACAGCAUCUCGAUCUACGACCGCGAGCAUGUCGAACAAGUUCUCGGUGCUAUCGCAGGGCUUUCCUCUGACGCAUCAGACAUGGAUGCGCUGGUCGAGACACAGCGCGCCAUCAUGCUUGCCCCGCAUCAAAGCCAUGGAUGGACACAGUUGGCGGAAUCCACGGAAGAGUCAUAUCCGGCUCAAAUGGCUCUGUUGACGUCGCAGAGAGCUGUGCCACCUUACGGAGAUCUCGGAGCACAGGAAUUGGCAAAGGCGUUUGCAGGUACCGGGGUGGUUCGUGAUGCACAACGAGCGAUCGUGCUAGCACCUUGGGAGAGAAGUGGCUGGGAGACGUUUGCAGAGGCAGUGACGUUUGCCUGA